UCUUGCUGUAAAAAUACGGAAGAAAGGAAAAAGAGAAGCUUGAAGAUUAAAAGUCAGCAGAGAUCACUGUGGAUAGAAGAGUGAAGAAGAAAUAGGCAAAAGAGUAAAGCUUCUCUCUGGAGGGAGAGACUGAACGUGCCGAGAAUUAAAUCAGGAUGUUUGUUCUGAUAUGGGCAACUUUCCUUUUGUGUGUGAGAGUCAGCAAUGCUGAAACAGGCAGAUCACAACAAUGUAGUGGAGAAUACUGCAUCACACUUAGUGAGAGACUAACAGCAGAGGCUGGACUCUGUGUUGUGAUCCCGUGUUCUUUCACUACUGGUUCUGGAUUUACACCCAAACAUAUAGUUUGGUACAAAUGUAGACCAUAUUCAAGAUGUGAAUAUGAUGAUGAAAUAAUAUUUCACAGCAAAAACAAUAUCCACAUUCAGAAUGGCUUUGAAGGACGUGUGUCACUCUUAGAGCCUGAUAUAAGACAGAAGAACUGCAGCAUCAUCAUUAAUGAUCUCAAAGAGUCGGAUUCUGGAUCGUAUCGGAUCAGAGUUAAUGGUGAACGGAAUUGGAGAGAAGAUGGAUUUGCAUCCAUUCAAAGGACAACUGUCUCAGUUGAAGGUCUUAGUCAGAAACCCAGAGUUAAGAUUCCCACACUGACAGAGGGACAGCAGGCCACACUGACCUGUGUUGCUCCUGGUCUCUGCUCUGGAUCUGUUCCUGAAAUAACCUGGACAUGGAGAGGAGCAGGAGGGACUGAAUCUUACAUUACAGGAAACAGCACUGAUUUCAGGACUAAAAGUCUAACUGCUUUCACACAAAGACACAUUUCAACUCUGACUUUCAACUCCUCUGCUGAACACCACAACACCAAUGUCACCUGUAAAAUCCGCUUCACUGGGGAAAAAACUACGGAGGGGGAUUCGACUUUAAAAGUACACUAUGUGAAGGAAGUUAAUGUCACUGGGGACACAAAUGUGAAGGAGGGUGAAACUCUGAAUCUGACCUGCAGUGUUGAAAGUUUUCCUCCAUCUCCUAUUAUGUGGUCUAAACCUGGUUCUGAUAUAACCCUGCACAAUGACACUGGAUCAGCCACACUCUCCAUAAUUAAUGCUACAACUGAACAUUCUGGACAGUACGUCUGUACAGCAAAACAUAUGAACAAUACCCUGCAGGAAAACAUCAAUAUAACAGUAAUAUCUGCUUGUGUGAAACAUUGUGGUUCUUGCAGUACAGUUCUUCCCUGGAUUGUUGCUGGUGUAUCUCUCACUUUGAAUACCUUCUGCAUAAUCUACAUAUGGUUCCUUUGGAAUGCAAGAAAAAAGGUGAACCUACCUCAGGAGGACAGAACCUACAUGUCACUGCAAAAAGCGGAUGCAUCUCCAGAUUAUGAUGUUAUUGCACAACAUAUAAACUGAAAAGUCAGGCAUCAGAUUUCCAGUCACAAGUUUCAGAAAGCUGUGCUGUUGUAAUGGCAGUCUGCAUUGUAGGGAAUGUUUUAUAUGUAAUAAACUACACUUUUUGUUUCAAUUUAUACAUAAAGUCCAUUAAAAUUGUUCACAACGGAGUCUGAAAGGCAGAAAAACAGAAGACCACUAAGAUUCAUAGCACACAAAAUGGAUGCUGAUUGGCUCAGAGAAGGCCGGCAUGAUAACGCAAUGAUUUCAGCACUGAGUUUGACAGCAUGGCAAAGUAGCAAUUAUGAAGAGAAAAGACUAGCAGCCAAACAUCCAGGAUGUCAGGCAGAGGAAUAAUUACAGAGAUGAAUAUAUCACCUAGAAAAUGACACAAAAAAGUUUACUACUCUACCUUAAACUUUUCCUAAGAAAUCAUCCACAGGUACAAAUUAGAGGCAACAAUCUUUUUAAAUCAGGGGUCUCAAACUUGAGCUGUGGGCCACUGCUGGCACUCAUUGGAUGGCCACUUUAGUGUUCAAGUAAUACAAAAAAAACCCCAAACAAACAAGAAAACACCCGCCAAGCUUUUCGAAAAUGUGGUGUUUUAUUUGCUUUUCUAAAUUUUUUUAAUAGUUUUAUUUAAAAAGCAAAAAUAGUUUUUUGCUUUUUAAAUAACUUAUUUUAACAUUGCACUCAACAACCAACAAAUCCUUCCCCCAAAAAAUGUAACUUCAUGGGCCAAAUUGCAUCAUAUUUCUUCAGGCCAAGUAAAGGUGAUGUGGGCCACAAGUGGCCCCCGCUCCGCACGUUUGAGACCCCUGGUUUACAUGGACUAAUCACAGAGCAUGCCUGUUUUAUGAUUAUGCUAUGCUGCAUACACAGUUUGUUAUUAAUAUCAAGGGAAAACAGUCAUUACACAUUAAAUAAAUCUCUUUGGACUAUGUGGCCAGUAUGUUAAAGUGGAGCUAAAAGCAGACUCAGAGGAGAGAAUAAUAAAGAUUUUAGUGAAGGUAGCUGGGUGAGCAUCUGGCUGAAUAGCAGGGUGUGUAAAGGAAAGGUUCCGACCUUAUAUUUCCAGUGAUCCAGAGGAGAGCAGGGGCAUAGGCAUGUGAGAGCGGUGAGUUUGCGGGCUGACUUGGUGAGUUUUGACAGCAGCGACCAGCAUCUUGGUGAUUGUACUGCAGGUGAGUUGAAUCAGAGUCUUUGGCAAGAGAACUGAGGCACAAAGAGACGAAGGUAAGCACGAGGCAAAAAACAUGAACAACAAGUAGCAUGAAAGCCUGGUUACCACCGUGAGGUAGCUGACAAACUGGGAGAG